AUGGUGAAACACAAUAACGUGGUCCCAAAUGCUCAUUUUCAUAAGGAUUGGCAAAGCUACGUAAAGACCUGGUUUAACCAGCCUGCCCGCAAACAGCGUCGUCGUAAAGCUAGAAGUCUUAAACUCGCCCAGUCAGCCCCCACUCCUCUGAAAACUCUAAGACCAAUAGUCCAAGGUCAAACCCUCAGAUACUGCUCAAAGUCCAAGACCGGCCGAGGCUUUUCUCUUCAAGAGCUUCAAAAAGCCCACUUAACAGCCCAAUUCGCCAGGUCAAUUGGAAUUAAAGUAGACCACAGAAGAAGAAACAAAAGUGCUGAGACUUUACAAAGGAACGUACAAAGACUAGAGCUUUUCAAGUCAAAACUUACACUUUACCCACUCAAAGCUGGAAAACCAAAGAAAGGGCAGGUCAAUGAUGCAGUUUUAGCUUAA